UGGGUACCACCUCAACAGCUCCCAUUGGGACUUUAGGAUUUGGCUCUAAAAUGCCUGGAGUGACCACAGCAGCAGCCGCCGCCCUUCCCACAGCUGGCACUGCUUCCAUACCUGCUGCAGGAUUCCUCUUGAACCUGAAGCCCCUCGCCACAACAAGCGUGGCUGCUUCCACCUCCACUGCAACCACCACCACUGGCAUGACUCCCCCCGUGAUGACAUAUGCCCAGCUGGAGAGCCUGAUUAACAAAUGGAGCCUGGAACUGGAGGACCAGGAGAAGCACUUCCUUCAGCAGGCCACCCAGGUCAACGCCUGGGACAGGACGUUGAUUGAAAACGGAGAAAAGAUCACAACCUUACACAGAGAAGUAGAGAAAGUGAAGCUGGAUCAAAAGAGGCUGGACCAGGAGCUGGACUUCAUUUUGUCUCAGCAAAAGGAGCUGGAGGACUUGUUGAUCCCAUUGGAGGAAUCUGUGAAGGAGCAGAGUGGAACAAUCUACUUGCAACACGCGGACGAGGAACGGGAAAAGACAUACAAGCUGGCAGAGAACAUCGAUGCCCAGUUGAAGCGCAUGGCCCAAGAUCUGAAAGAUAUCAUUGAGCACCUGAACACCUCCGGGGGCCCUGCUGACAACAGUGACCCCCUUCAGCAGAUCUGCAAAAUUCUGAACGCACACAUGGAUUCUCUGCAGUGGAUUGAUCAGAACUCAGCCCUGCUGCAGAGGAAAGUGGAGGAGAUGUCCAAGGUCUGCGAGGGCCGCCGGAAGGAGCAGGAGCGCAGCUUCCGCAUCACCUUCGAUUGA